UUCUCAUUAAUCAUAUCACAAUGGCUGCUCCUCAAGGAUACCCUCUUCUCUGUCUGGAGAACCCUCUCCUCGACAUCCAGGCUCGUGGCGAUGACGCUCUCCUGGAGAAGUAUGGUCUGAAGGCAAAUGAUGCUAUCCUCGCUGAGGACAAGCACAUGGGUAUCUACGAGGAACUGCUUGCCCGUGAUGCCAAGCUGAUCCCCGGUGGUGCCGCUCAGAACACCGCUCGUGGUGCUCAGUACAUGCUCCCUGAGCAGUCCGUUGUCUACAUCGGUUGUAUCGGUAAGGACAAGUACGGUGAGGUCCUCAAGAAGACUUGCGAGGAGGCCGGUGUCCACACCGAGUACCGUGUCGAUGAGGCCCAGCCCACCGGUAAGUGUGGUGUUGUCAUCACUGGCCACCACCGCAGCAUGUGCACCCACCUCGCUGCUGCCAACGAGUACAAAAUUGAGCACCUCAAGCAGCCCGAGAUCUGGUCCCUGGUUGAGAAGGCCCAGGUCUACUACGUCGGUGGUUACCACCUGACUGUCUGCGUGCCCGCCAUCAUCGCCCUUGGUGAGGAGGCUGCCGCUAAGAACAAGACCUUCAUGCUCUCUAUCUCUGCUCCUUUCAUUGCCCAGUUCUUCAAGGACCAGUUGGAUAGCGUCCUGCCCUACACCGACUACACCUUCUGUAACGAGACUGAGGCUAUUGCCUACUCCGAGGGCCACCAGUGGGGCACCGAGGAUAUCACCGAGAUCGCCAAGAAGCUCGCUCAGCUCCCCAAGAAGAACACCCAACGUCCCCGCGUUGCCAUUGUCACCCAGGGCACUCUCCCUACCAUUGUCGCCAUCGGCUCUGCUACCGGUACCGUCGAGGUGAAGGAGUUCAAGGUCCGCGAGAUCUCCAAGGAAGCCAUCAACGACACCAACGGUGCUGGUGAUGCCUUCGCUGGUGGUUUCUGUGCUGGUAUCGUCGCGGGCAAGUCCCUCGAUGACAGCAUCGACAUGGGCCAGUGGCUCGCCAGCAAGAGCAUCCAGGAGCUUGGACCUUCCUACCCCUUCCCCAAGCAGACCUACACCCGCUCCUAA